AUGGUAGAUAUUACGGUAAAUUCGGUGGAUGAAGCAAAUUAUGAUACACUUGAGUGGAUUCCUGAAAAUGCUCCCUAUGUUGAAAUCGAUCCGGAAAAGAUAAAAAUAAUCGAAACUCCAACGGAAUUUUAUGACAGAAUACUGCGCUUAAUUCGAGAAGCUAAAGAAAGAAUCGUAAUCUCGACUUUGUAUUUGGGGGAUGGUAGCUAUGAAAAGGCUUUGGUGGACGAAUUGGAGAAAGCAUUCGAUAUGAAUCCAAAUAUAAAAAUGAGCAUCCUUGUGGAUUACCUGAGGGGUACGCGUGGUGGAGCAGAAAGCAGUUUAAUUUUGUUACUAAGAAGGCUGAUUCCGCGUGCGUCAGUAUAUUUAUUCCAUACCCCAUGCUUACGCGGUCUCAAGAAAAUGAUACUGCCUGAAAGAGUGAAUGAAGUGAUCGGCUUGCAACAUAUGAAACUUUUGCUGUUCGACAAUCACAUCAUCUUUACCGGCGCUAAUCUUUCGAACAUUUAUUUCACAAAUCGACGGGACAGAUAUAUACUUGUCGAGAAUUGUCCACAACUCGCAAAUUUUGUUGAUUCGCUGGUUGAAGCUGUUGGAUCAUGCUCAUUUAUGUUGAAUAUGAGAGGGACCACUAGCCUGGCUGAAAAAUGCGAUGUUCAUCCCUUUAAAGGAAAUUUUGAAGCAUAUAGGAGCAUGCUGCAUAACCGAGUUAUGUCAACGCUGAAUGUAUUCAGCAAAGAAUCUGGUUCAAAAAGUAAUUUCGCUACCGGUACACGAAUAUAUCCGUUGUUACAAAUGGGCAUCAUAUCGAUCAAUCAGGAACUGAAGUUUUUAAAAAAUCUGCUGUCUCUGCAGAAUCGCCAACUUUCGUUAACAAUAUCAUCAGGCUAUUUCAAUUUUACUGAUUGUUACAUUGAUCUGGUAGCAAAUCAGAAAUCCUUCGAAAUGGAUAUCGUUUAUGCAUCACCUCAAGCAAACGGAUUCUAUCAAGCAUCUGGUUUGUUUGGUUUUAUACCGUUGGUGUACGUUUAUAUAUCAUAUCUUUUAUAUAAAAUGAUUGGUCCGAACAUUCGACUAUUUGAAUAUAAUAGACCAGGAUGGUCUUAUCAUGCAAAAGGUUUAUGGGUUGAUUCAAGGCAGUCGUCCCUUUCGGCUACUAUGAUUGGCUCGUCCAAUUUCGGACACCGCUCUGUACAUCGAGAUCUCGAGGCACAGUUCCUUAUAAUUACUUGUAAUGAAAAAUUGAAAGCGAGCUUACAAGAGGAACGUUCGCGAAUAAUGGACUAUGCAAUAAAAGUAGAUACUGCUACUUUCUUACGGCAUGAUCAUUUCGUUCCAUUCUGGAUUCGUUUAAUUUCCCGGUUUAUUCGGAACUAUUUCUGA